AUGUUUAAUCAAUUAAUAAAAAGAACUUUUUGCACAAAUAACAAACUCAACAAUGUUGUUAUAAAUGAUCUAUAUAAAUUUAUAUUAAAUAAUAAUAAACUUGUUGAAAUUAAAGAAUCUGAUAAAAAAGGUAGAGGUUUAUUUUAUACACAAAACACUCAACUACCUGUAAUAAAUAAAGAAACAAAUAAACCAAAUAUUUUAUUUAAAGAGGAACCAUUUAUAAGCUACCCAUCAAUUAUAAAAUUAGAUCAUGAUAAAAUUUGUAAUCAUUGUUUAAAAUCUUUAGAAAAUAAUAAUAGUAAUAAUAAUAAUAAUAAUCAUACAGAGUGUGAAGGAUGUAAUGUUAAAUAUUGCUCGAAUGAAUGCAAAGAAAAAGCAUCACUACAAUAUCAUAGCGUUCUGUGUAAAUCAAAUGGUUCAGGUUUUCAUUAUUUAGAAAAACAUUCUCAAAUAGAAAAAAGAAGAUUUCCAUUAUUGGCAGGUAAAAUUUUAGCAAGAGUUUUAAUGGGAUAUCAUUUAGAAAAGUCUGCAAAUAAAACCUGGUUUCCAUUGCAAAUGUUAACAUUUGCAAAUAAACCUGCACCUUUGGAAUGGAAGGAUGACUAUUUAAUAUUUUCAAGAUCUUUAUUAAAAGGAAUGAAAGAAUCGAGCUUAAAGAAAUUUAACUAUGAUUGGUUUGUUAAGGUUAUGCAAAUUCUUUAUUUAAAUACUAUUGGUAUUGAUAUCGAUCCAAAUCAAACAACAACCAAAAUGUCGACACCUGAAUCAAGUAUAGGUUUAUAUUUUUUGACAUCUUUCAUUAAUCAUAGUUGCGACCCAAAUGCCUAUGUUCAAUUUCCAAAUGACCACACCGCAGAGAUUAGACUUUUGAAGCCAAUAAACCCGGGUGAAGAGAUUACAAUAUCAUAUGCAGAUACAUCAAAAGAUAUUAUUGACAGAAGAUCACAACUAUUUGAAAACUAUGGUUUUAAUUGUGAAUGUCCAAAAUGUUUAAAUGAAUUAAAAUUAAAAAAAGAAAAAGCAACAUAA